UGGUGCAGGUCCGAGAUUACUUCAUGUUGGGUGCAGGUUGUGUUCAAAUUCAUCAGCACUGAUCUGAGAAGAUAGUAUCUAUAUAGGUGAAAGCAAUAUAGUGGAGGCCCGCAGAGAGAUGUGCUUUUACCUGUCCAGUGCAAUCAAAUCACUAAAGGUGAAGGAAAUUAGGGAUCAAGUUCAGAUUCAACUUUAGAUUUCUCUUUGCGGUUUCCCAGAGUCUUCUCAGACACCCGGGUGUGGUUUCCGGGAAAGGGGAUCUAUCAUUGAGCAGCUGGAGAAGGAGGCUCAGAGGACUCUUAUGCCUUCUCUCAAGAUUGAGACAUGCUGUGCCCCAAUCCUCCUCUCCUUCCUGAGGAGUCUAACUGAUGACCAAUGGAGAGUGAUUCAGCAUGGCAUGAAAAAUAACCUCACAUUCGAGCAGCUCUCCAUGCUGUGUCUGAAGAUUGUUAAAGUCGUGACCCAGACAGCCCUCCGCAUUCUCCUACCAGCGCUAGCUCGUAUCAUGGGGGUGAACCUGAGGAGUGGGGCAACCUCCCCAGAAUCCCAGUGCUCUCUGACAGGGUCUGAGGAUUCCUUAGGCAGUCUGGAUGAGAGAGAGAAAAGGCUGCUGACCAGUGAGAUGAACUACUGGACUAAGGAGAGGAGGAGGAAUGGCAGUGCAGGGUGCCGCCAUAAAUCCACUCGCAGAACCUCAUCACCAUGCUGUUCGCCUAAGAGGUCCCAGACCUCAUUGCAGAGCUUGCCUGCAACUAGAGAGGCUCCCCUCAUGGAGGAGCCUCUAAAGGCUCUUUUUGGGGUAACGGAAGAGAUCCUCCUGAUAUCCCUGGUUGAGGGUCACUCCAACCCCACCUCCUCCAGCUCUUCCGAUUUGAGCUGUGCUAUCGUGGGAGAGGUAGUACACCAGCUUAACUCUGGCCUCUCAGUGGCCAUUCAGGCCAGCUCGGGGAAUUGCCCCCCUAUGGACAGUCAGGACAUAGCAGCAGGCAAGGAAGUCAUUCGGGUAGUCUCGGUGCAGAUCCUGGCCGAGCUACAGAGCCAAACGUCUGAGCCAGAGUGGGUAGGGUUUAUCGAGCCCCUCAUGGACCCUGUGACCGAUGAUGUGCUGGAUGCCAUUGUCGGCACAAUGGACAAAAUGGCACAGGACUUCAACAUCCUAUUGGAUCUGGCCAAGAAGAUGACAAUCUUGGGGUCUAAAUUUCUGACCAAUCUUCAAUGUGACCUUGAUGUUGAGUGUCCAUCUGGGAAAGAAGGGACCACUCACUUUCUCAAAGAGACUGGAUCCUCUACCAGUGUGGUGGCCAGAAAGAUUCAGACCCUCUCUAGCCCCGACUUUCAGUCUAAAGCCCUGAAGGCGGUGAGCACCAUACUUACAAGGAAAGUCAGCAGCUCUUCUGGCAUGGCUCCUUCCUCUAGGCCUUCUAGUGCUGCUCCUAGCCUUACUGAAGCUCCCCUGAAUACCAGCUGCAUAGCCCUGACACCUGUAACCUCCACUGCCACAGUGAUUGUUAAGGCAUUUGUGGGAGGCAUGGAGACGAUAGCAUCAUUUGAAGGCACAUGUGAAGCAGUUGAUUGGCCAGUUUCCUGUAAAUGA